UUUGUUUUGAGUCAUUUCUGCCUAUUUUUCUUGAUUUUAUUUUUCUCUUUCGUUGGGGGACUUUGUUGGGCAUCGUGGGGUGAUGUUUCGAUGGUGUGGAUUGAGGUGUUAGUGUUUCUUGAUUGGGUAUAUUUGCCUUUUGGUGUUAGAAGCUCAAACGUCGAUAAUAUGAAGUGGGGGAUCGUGGAAUCUUGGCUUAUAAUGUGGAUUAUGCGUUCUUAUCCUUUGACGGUUCUGUUCAUUAAUCUUGAAUAGUGCUGGUGCGAUUGUUUCAACCGUUAUUUUGGUGUUUUUUUUUUUUUAAAUUUAAUUUGGGUCUUUAAAUUGACUAUCUCAUUUGAGUGAAAUUUGUUUGAGGGUGUACCGUUUUUAAGGUUUCAAUUCUGUGAACUUUGAUUGAUGAAUCUAUCAAACCUUCUUGUUUCCCUAUUAUUUUGUUUCUGAGGCCAAUCUUGUUUCAAAUCCACUUUUGCAGUUAAUAUCCAUACGAGAUUUCGUCAUGUAUAUGGCAGUAGGGUCUGUAAUAUGGUUGACAAAGAUGAUAUGCUUGAUAAAUUUUAUCUGCUCGAUCUCAAUUUGUUGAACUGCUGAUUCCAAGUUUCCAACGUGAUCAAGAAGGUGAAGCAGGAGUUUUUUCAGAACGAGCCAAAAUGUCUCGUAAGGGUUUGAUGGAGCAGGACUUAAGUAAAUUAGAUGUGACAAAACUGACUCCACUCUCUCCAGAAGUAAUCUCACGGCAGGCGACCAUAAAUAUCGGCACUAUAGGUCAUGUGGCGCACGGAAAGUCAACAGUUGUAAAGGCGAUUUCCGGUGUGCAGACUGUUCGUUUUAAGAAUGAGUUGGAGCGUAACAUUACAAUUAAGCUUGGAUAUGCAAACGCAAAGAUUUACAAGUGUGAGGACGAACGAUGUCCACGCCCUAUGUGCUACAAGGCCUAUGGAAGUGGAAAGGAAGAUAGUCCUCUGUGUGAUGUCCUUGGUUUUGAGAAUUGCCGUAUGAAGCUGUUAAGGCAUGUUUCCUUUGUGGAUUGUCCGGGCCACGAUAUUCUCAUGGCUACUAUGCUUAAUGGAGCCGCAAUCAUGGAUGGAGCAUUACUUCUUAUAGCUGCCAAUGAAAGCUGUCCCCAGCCCCAGACUUCUGAGCAUUUGGCAGCUGUUGAAAUUAUGCGCCUGCAGCAUAUUAUAAUCCUUCAGAAUAAAGUUGAUCUUGUUCAGGAAAAUGUAGCGAUCAACCAGCAUGAAGCAAUUCAAAAAUUCAUUCAGGGAACUGUCGCUGAUGGUGCUCCAGUUGUCCCAAUCUCUGCGCAGUUGAAGUAUAACAUUGACGUUGUCUGCGAGUAUAUUGUCAAAAAGAUCCCCAUUCCAGAGAGAAAUUUUGUGUCGCCGCCAAAUAUGAUUGUAAUCCGGUCUUUCGACGUGAACAAGCCUGGCUAUGAAGUUGAUGAGAUUAGAGGCGGUGUGGCCGGUGGGAGUAUCUUAAGGGGUGUUUUGAAGGUAAAUCAAAUGAUCGAGGUUCGCCCUGGGAUUAUUGUGAAAGAUGAGAAUGGAUAUAUCAAAUGCACACCAAUAUACUCGAGAAUUGUUUCAUUGUAUGCUGAGCAAAAUGAGCUACAAUUUGCAGUGCCUGGAGGCCUUAUUGGUGUUGGGACCACCAUGGACCCCACUUUGACACGAGGCGAUAGAUUGGUGGGUCAAGUUCUUGGGGAGGUUGGGUCGCUUCCUGAAAUCUUCGUUGAGCUUGAGGUUAACUUCUUUCUCCUGCGACGGCUUCUUGGUGUGAGGACAAAGGGCACGGAGAGGCAGGGAAAGGUCUCAAAGCUGGCUAAAGGAGAGAUCCUCAUGUUGAAUAUUGGGUCAAUGUCGACGGGGGCUCGAGUCGUUGCCGUGAAGAAUGACUUGGCUAAACUGCAACUCACAUCUCCAGUCUGCACUAGCAAGGGCGAGAAAAUUGCACUCAGUCGCCGAGUCGAGAAGCAUUGGCGUCUGAUUGGCUGGGGCCAGAUUCAAGCAGGGAUGACCCUCGAUAUCCCGCCUGCCCCAUUCUGAUUUACAAGUGGUGGUGAAAAAAAAAGGAAAGAAAAAGAAGCAAACAGUUUAUCGUCGUAGGAAUCAGGGGAGAUGUGGGAAGGCAGGUAUUUGUUCAGCACAAUUUUUGUUAGGUUGAGGAGAAAAUGUCUUUGUCGAAUUCGGAUGAUAUAUAUUUGUUUCCUCUGCUCUUUUUGCCAUUACCGUGUGGCCCAGGUACAUUGUUUCUGGUUGAGCCUCCGAGAUACAAUGGCUAUGAAUGAGCUUGCGGCAAUUUGUUC